CGCCCCUCUCUCCUCAUAAACCUCACCGUCGCCACUCCCGCUCCGCCCUCUCAGCUCUGCCAAUCCUCCCCGCCCACCUCAGCGCGUCGACCUGGACUCUCCACCCCCGAUGAGCUAGAAACAAGCUAUACCUCUAACAAUGCUUGCCAUGCACCGGGCUCUGGGCAGCCCUAUGCGUGCUCAAAUACCUUCCCUACGACACAUCACACGACAUACACAAACACCUCUUCUCAAGCCCGCACCCGCAAAGUCGCCCAGUCGCCUGGUCAGGUACACUUAUAAGCUCUCCGCCUCCCUUGGGCUCUUCGUCGUUAUCAGCGGCGGCCUGGUCCUUGCAUUCUUCGCCUACGAUGCAACAACCUACGGUGCGGAGCCGGAGACGAAUGAGCUGAUGGUGUCGGAGUUGGCGCUGAAUCCAAGAAGAGGCGGACCAAAGAACCUACCGAUCGUGGAAUACUUUGUCGACGAUGAGGAGGACGAGAACAUGCGAGGACAGAAGCACAAGCCGAAGCUGGUCAUUCUGGGGACUGGCUGGGGAAGCGUUGCGCUGUUGAAGCAGUUGAUACCUGGAGAGUACCACGUCACUGUCGUAUCGCCCUCGAAUCACUUCCUCUUCACGCCCAUGCUGCCCUCCGCGACAGUUGGCACGCUGGAGCUCCGCAGUCUGGUCGAGCCAAUUCGCAAGAUCGUCAAGCGCGUCAAGGGACACUUCUUGAAGUCCAGCGCCAUUGAUGUUGAGUUCAGCGAGAAGCUUAUUGAGCUUGAGUCGGUGGACCCGGAUGGCAACAAGCAACGAUACUACCUUCCAUACGACAAAUUGGUCAUCGGAGUCGGGUCCAUCACAAACCCACACGGCGUCAAAGGACUCGAGCAUUGCCACUUCCUCAAAGACAUCAGCGACGCUCGCAGGAUACGAAACCAGGUCAUCCACAACCUCGAAACCGCCAGCUUGCCCACCACUCCGGACGAAGAGCGAAAGCGACUUCUUUCAUUCGUGGUAUCUGGUGGCGGUCCCACCGGUGUUGAGUUCGCCGCCGAGCUUUAUGACAUGCUGAACGAGGACUUGUGCAGAUUUUACCCACGACUUCUCCGGAAUGAGAUCUCCGUGCAUGUCAUCCAGUCUCGCGGUCACAUUCUCAACACAUACGACGAAGCCCUGAGCAAGUAUGCGGAAGAGCGUCUUGCUCACGACAAUGUCGAUGUCCAGACCAACUCUCGUGUGAAAGAAGUUCAAGCAGACCGCAUCAUCUUUACACAAAAGACGCCCGAGGGAAAGACUGUCACCAAAGAGCUUCCCAUGGGCUUCUGUCUCUGGUCCACUGGUGUGGCUCAAACCGAAUUCAGCCAGACUCUGGCCAAGAAGAUCGAAACUCAGACGAACGUCCACGCUCUGGAGACGGACACCCACCUUCGACUUUGCGGUGCUCCGAUGGGAGACAUCUACGCUAUCGGCGAUUGCAGUACCGUCCAGAAUAACGUCUCCGAUCACAUCGUCUCCUUCCUCCGCACCCUCGCGUGGGAAAAGGGCAAGGACCCCGAAACCAUGAAAAUCACAUACCCGCAAUGGCUAGAAGUCGCCAAACGGGUUAGGGCCCGCUUUCCACAAGCCAAUGCACACCUUCGUCGCCUGGGAAGUCUCUUCGCCGAUCAUGAUCGCGACCACUCCGGCUCUCUCGACUUUGGCGAACUCUCCGAACUGCUCAAGCAAAUUGACAGCAAACUCACAUCGCUUCCUGCCACGGCCCAACGUGCGAAUCAGCAAGGCGUCUACCUCGGCCGGAAGCUCAACAAACUCGCUCGUGCGGAGGAAGGAUUGAAAUUGAAUGAGGUUCUCGACGGCGACAUCGAUGAGGCAGCAUACAAGGCAUUCGAGUACCACCACAUGGGCUCCCUGGCGUAUAUCGGCAAUGCGGCGAUCUUCGACUUUGGUGGGUAUAGCUUUGGUGGUGGACUGGUGGCGGUGUACCUGUGGAGGAGCAUUUACUUUGCGCAAAGCGUGAGUUUGAGGACGAGGAUGUUGCUAGCCAUGGACUGGAGUAAAAGGGCAUUGUUUGGACGAGCUAAGGGACAACUCAAUCAAUACAAGCUCAAAAACUUUCCAGGUGCUCAAGAUCUGGCCCGUGGUAAUGUAUCCUCGCAUAGAUCAGCCAAUUGA